CCACCAUCCCAACGUCCUAUACGCAAAAGGAGAAGACCUCCCUACUCUUGCGCUACUUUAAUUGCCCAAGCUAUAUUGACAUCUAAACACCAGCGUCUUACUUUACGUGAAAUCUACCAUUGGAUACAAACCCAAUUUCCCAAUCUCUAUGAAGAAAAUGAAGUCAGCUGGCAGAAUACUAUUCGACACAACUUAUCCUUGAACAAGUGCUUUACUAAGUUGCCUCGUUUGGAGAACGACAAAGAGUGCAAUGCUGUGAAAACAAAGGGCAAUAAGGGUGGUUAUUGGACAGUUGAUCUUCAGCAAUUAAAUGAUAUGAAG